GCAUACGAUCCAGAAUACGGUUCGCCAGCUUGUCGCUCAGCUCUCCCGCACAAACCCGAGGCGAUCCGGGACCAUGUGAAGCACUACUUCGCCUGCAUCGAGAUUGCCGAGCGCGCCAAGUUCUUCGACCUCAGCAACGAAAUCUGGCAGUAUGAGUAUCAGCUGGAGUCCAUGGCCGCCGCCUCCGAGCCCGCGGAGGGCGACCAGGGACCGGAUCCGGUCGAGCAGAGGGUCAGAGAGAAACGGGCAAGCGUGGCUGUUGCCAUUGAGGCCCAGUAUAAGCGGACCGAGGUCCUGCGGAACGCUCUUGCGAAGGCUCCCGCCUCAAUUAUGCCCUCGUCUACCGGGACAACCGAAAACCAACAGACGGCUGCGCAGCCAGGACACCUCGUGCGAUGUGUCGAGGAAAGUGGGCGAAGAUGGAAGUCUUCUUCGACGUUUCUCUCGGGGAUAGAACACGUUCGGCGGUGGAGGCGCAAGGUCUCUGAACCCACCGCCAACGUGGCUGCUGUGGAUUCAGACACAGCAUCGGAUACCGUGACGGCUGCUCAGUCUACCGCGAGUAGCGAAAAUGGCAUGGAGCCGGGACGCAGGCGGGCCCGGGCCAUUAUCAAGGAAUUCUACAACAAAGGCGACUUGAGCAGCGACAGUGAAGCCGAGUAUGAUCUCGAACGGGAUGUCAACGCAUACCUCAUACAAUACAAACCCGCGCUUCACAGGUCGAGGACCAUGUCAUCCCGGGAGUCGACCCCCGUGACCAACCAGCCCAGCACAGCCACCGGCUUCAGCAGAACGUCGACCUCUCAAAGCCUGCGUGAGGGUCGUCCGUAUCUGGCGCCGGUCGACGAGGACCUGAAAAACGACAUUCGCUUCAAGGGCCGAUUCCCGGAUCAGCGCCUACCCAUACGCUUCCUGUUCGCUCGAACACCAGUGUCUCCCAGCGUUCUGUCCAAAAAGGCCUGCGACGAGAAGGAUCCAACGAGAAUCCGCUACUUUCACAUCCCAUAUAAUAACAUGGAUCGGGACCCUCUUGUUCGGACGAGGACGCAGAUGCUUCUCCGGCCUCAGUUCUGGCGUGGCCAGCAGCAUGAGACUCGGAACGGCACGGUCCACGCGAGACACCUGCGCCCUCUCUGUGAGCGAGUAUCUACUGAGCCGGACGAAAUCGAGGACAAUCCCAAGAACAUUGUGCUUUUUAUGCCAUACUUGCAUUGGGAAACCGACAGGAUGCGCAAAAACAUCGCACAGGCUGUCGAUUUGGAGUCUGAAAAGCAGUGGCGGAACAACGAGAUUACGAGGUUGGCGAACAGGGCCAAGCGCAAGAUUCAAAGAGAAGGGCUCCCCCCAAGCGGAAGGCCAGUCACCCACCCGCAGGAGCAACCGAGCAAGCGGCUACUAGAGUUCAUCCGCAGAAACGGCAGAGCUUUCCCAGAUCUCAGACGCUCAGAUCGCUUCAGCGAUGUGGUGGCCAAGCUUCUACCUCUAAGAAGGGCGGCGGACGCCAACGGCCGACCCCUUAUCAAGUCUCCCCUGGGACAGUACCUCAUCGAUGCUGCCCGGCUUUACGAGGCCAUGUCCACGUACCGGGACAAACAGUUGCUGGAGAAGUACUUGUACAACGAUCCUCCGCUCCACCCCCGCCGAACGCUGGAUCAAUCGUACUACUGGGCGCUGAGAACCACCGAGGCCCGCGAUCGGGAUCAAGUCGUCUACCGCGGGACCAGCAUCACUUCCGAACUGCGUCACCGCUUUCGCCAGGUCGGAGGCGACGGGGAUAUGGAGAUCGACCCAGACGCGGACGGCGCACAAUCGCAGGGGCAAUGGACGGGUCACGGCAGCAGAACGGACGAGGACGGCUGCGAGCACUGCAGAAACGACGUCAGAAAGACGGCGCAGCUGGUCAUGGUCGAUCAGCUCUGGAUGUGGAUUCUCGACGAGCGGACCAUCAUCACGUCGUUUCCCAGGCGCUACGGCUACAACAAGCACGACCUGUCGGGAGUCCACAAGGCUAUCCGGAUGCGGCUCAAGGCGGCGCGCAAGAACCAGAUCAGAUCCGUCUACGACCUGGCGCUCAUCAUCCUUGAUGAGUGCUCCAACACCUUCUUCGACAGGGCGAAAACGACGCGCCACAGGACCACCAUCCUGUUCGACCGCGUCUGGGAGUGGGCUUUCAAGGCCUCGCUGAUCUGCCGCUACGACCCGAACCACGCCGGCGAGCUGCGCUCCCCGCUGAUGGACGUGCACGUCGAGGGGCGGCUGCAGCGGGAGAUCAAGGACAUCAUCGACGAGCUCGACAUGAUGCUCCACGUCUACAGGACGCAGCGCGAGGUGAUGCGGCGCUUCCGCAGGCACGUCGAACAGAUUCUGGACCCCGAGGGGGAGGGCGCGCUCCGUGAAGGUCCGCCGUCCCCCGGCACGGGAACGCGGGCGGAGAGAAAGAGGCAAUUGUACUGGUUCCGGAUCCAGGCGCAAGAGCUGCUCUCCGACGUGGACAGCCGGAUUGACGAGCUCGAGGGGCUGCGGAAGGCGGCCGAGAGUUCAGCGCAAAGCGUAAGC